ACGACGCUUUUUCUUCCUCCUCUACCUCCCGUUUUUCGUCCCUGUAUCUCUGUCAUCACGAGGGUCGAGACACGGCUUCAACUAUAAAGAGUAUUGCCCUCAGAAUCUUGUUUUUAGUCUGAGGAUGGCUGCAAUAAUGCUGUCCAAUUGUACCCGUCUGUUUCCUCGUGCUCUGACACGCCUGACAUCAUCAUCCCGUGUGAAGGUUGCAAGGUCCAUCCAUCACGAGGGGCGAAUCCUGAGGAGGGUCAGGUGCUCUGGAUCUCGACUAGAGAAUUUGCACAAUGGAUUCAAUGGUAGCUACUGCUGGAACAAUCAACUAAGACAAAUUCGCUCGAGCCAGGCGUUAUGGGCACUGCAGGACGUGGUUGUACCACCCUUCGCUGAGAGUGUCAGUGAGGGAGAUGUCAGGUGGGAGAAGAAAGUUGGAGACCAGGUGAAGGAGGAUGAUGUACUUUGUGAGAUAGAAACCGAUAAGACCUCCGUACCAGUGCCUUCACCAGGUGCAGGUGUGCUAAAAGAGCUGUUCGUCGAGGACGGUACGACCGUGAAAGCAGGUCAAAAGCUCUGCAGCAUUGACAUAGGAGCAACGGGAGGAGCAGCUCCAGCAGCAGCAGAGGCCCCCAAAGCAGCGCCUCCACCACCACCUGCUGCAGCUCCACCACCGCCUCCACCCCCUGCAGCAUCUGCCGCCCCACCUCCGCCACCACCACCACCACCAGCAUCAGCACCACCUCCCCCCCAGCGACCAACUGCCUCAAUGCCAGUAGCUGCCAUAAAACAUGCCCAAUCCCUCGAGGGAGCCAAAGUCCAACUACCCCCAGCCGAUUACACUCGUGAGAUCAUCGGGACUCGAACCGAGCAACGAGUCAAGAUGAAUCGCAUGAGACUGCGCAUUGCAGAACGUCUCAAGGAUGCACAGAACACAAAUGCCAUGUUGACGACAUUCAACGAAAUUGACAUGAGUAAAAUCAUUGAAUUCAGGAAGGAGAAUCAGGAGAGUUUCACCAAAAAAUAUGGUCUCAAACUGGGAUUCAUGAGCCCAUUCCUUGCUGCAAGUGCAUACGCAUUGAAGGACCAACCGGUUGUCAAUGCUGUUAUCGAUGGAGGUGAUAUUGUUUAUCGUGAUUACGUUGAUAUUAGUGUUGCUGUUGCCACACCAAAGGGACUGGUUGUACCUGUACUUAGGAGCAUUGAGAAUAAAAACUUUGCGGAGAUUGAAAUUGCACUGGCUGCCAUUGGAGACAAGGCUAGAAAGGGCAAGAUAUCGGUGGAGGAUAUGGAUGGGGGAACCUUCACUAUUAGCAAUGGAGGAGUAUUUGGAUCACUCAUGGGAACGCCUAUCAUCAAUCCACCGCAGAGUGCUAUUCUCGGAAUGCACGGGGUCUUUGAUAGACCUAUUGCUGUCAAGGGACAGGUUGUCAUACGCCCGAUGAUGUACGUCGCCCUGACUUACGAUCAUCGAUUGAUUGAUGGUCGUGAAGCUGUUAUGUUCCUUCGUAAAAUCAAGGACGCUGUUGAAGAUCCCAGAAUCAUCCUUGCUGGUCUCUAAAGUCAACUUAAUGAGUUAUCUAUGUUCAGGGACAAUGGCAAGUUCAUUAUUUCUCCCAAUCGACUUACAUCGCAAUCAUCUAAUACCCCAUUCUCUCUCAAUCACACACAAGUCUGGAUAAAUGUACAGUAUCAUGUUAUAUUUAAUAUUAUGAUGAGUGAAAAAGAAUUUAAUACAGAAAAAUUUGUGACUGAAUCAGUGAGAAAAUAAGUUUAUCGACAGUUGUAAUUCGUUGAGUCAUUAAAUGUGUUAUUGAAUUUUAUCAUUUCAAAAUAAUGGAGGGCUUUUUCAUGUUCGGAGAGGAAAAUGCUCAAAUGAAUGCGAUGUACAGGCGAUUUGAGCACAGAUUGUUGUAUAUAAUAUGUAAGGGAGGAAUUAAUUGCUCUUGUGGGUGAAUCGAAAAAUCGUAAAGCAUAAAUUUUCAUUUUCACAAUUACAUCGACGACUAAAUACAUCAUCGAGAUUAUUGAGUAGAUGGAGAAAUAAUUACUCAAAAUAUCAGGAUCUCAAGAGUGAUUACGAGAAACGUGGAUGAGCGAAGAUAGAAAAUUCAAAUAUCAUUUUUAGUACUCGAUUGAUUUAUCGCGUUUUUCAUGCCCCUGUAGUUAUUUAUUUCAUCGAAUCGGUCCAAAAAUCUCCCCCAAGUUUUCAGAUGAAGUCAUCGGUAAACAAUGAAAACAAUGCGAUAAAGUUUAGAUCACAAUGAGAAUACGGUUUCAAUCGAAUUGAAAGUGAAAGUUAAAUAAAUUAUUUAAAAAAGUA